AUAAAUAACAAGUCACAAGAUUUCCGGUAUUGUGAUGUUGAAUGGUGCUGAAGGUUAAUCACAAGACCUGUUGGAGUUUACUAGAUUCUAGAUUAGAUAUCUACACUAGAUUUUCUUCACAUUGAAAAAGACUUCUUUAAAUUUGUUUUAGAAAAUCUAGCUAUUCUGAAAAUGUUGCAUUACGCCUUUGCCAUCGUCAUUUUAUGUAAUGUGGCAAGCAGCACAGCAUCGACAGUUCCAGCUUUGUUGUGGUCGUCAGAAAAGUCUACCAGUAACCUGCCGGAAGUCAAAGUGCACGAAGCAGUUAGCAGUGAAGAUUUUCACUCUUUGUUCUUGGAGCCUUUUUUGAAGAGUAAAACUGAAAGUGCUGUGGUAUUUUUGCAAAGCAAGUUGCAUGUGGAUGAUUUCACCAAAUAUGCUGAUGUCUAUUCAGUAGAAAGUGAUGGAGGAUCCUUUAAACACACUAAGAGGCUUAUGGAGGAUAACUUUUCUCUUGAAGUUCCACAUGUAUUGGAUCCUAAUCUUGCUGUUGAAAAGUUAAAGUCAUCUUAUGAGGGAAUUGUGUACACUGCCAGUUGUCUGCAAGAUGUUGAAAACCUCAACCUUGAUGAUCAAAAACCCUUUUUGCUCAUUAUUCAGCUCAGCCCUAUUAACAAAGAUGAUCAAGAGUCUACCAUUAGUCAAAAUGAUGAAUCUAUUGGUGCAAUAAUUGACCACCUAGAGAAGAGAAAUAUUAAAUACUCUGCACUGUUUACUGGUUUGUCUCAAGGAGAUGAUUUGAAAGCUGACGCUGAUGUUCAUGCCAACAGACAUUUGCUGGAAACAGCAGUGCCCUCUGCUAAUGGCACUUUCAUGAAUGCUAGUAAUGGUCAAAUUUAUGUUUAUCUACGGGAAGCUUAUUUUUGUUUGAUGAAUUCAUCUGAUUCCAAAAACUGUGCUCUUAACUUUACCAUGCUUCCCACUGAACUAACUGCAGACAAAUCGACAAGGGACAACAACACAGCAACAGUUGUACUCGAUUUUCCAAAAGCUGGUGAUGGCUCAAUGUACAACUUGCAAGUCAUUUUUUCAGUCCAAAAUCAUCCGGAUCGUUGGGUAAUUACAAGUGUGGCGCUUAAUUUAACAUCAGAACAUGAAAAAGGUUUCAACUCUUCUUUGGAGAAUGCCACAUUGAGUUCAGGGACUAUGGACUUCACCCUACCAUUUCCUUAUUCAUUCCAUUGCACUGACAUGGUAAUGUACAUAGAUGCCCUCCAUGACAAAAGUGUUGCCGCUUACAAAGGUUCAUAUGUGGGCCUCAAAGGAUUUCAGAUGCAACCAUUCAAUCUUCAAGGAAAUUACUUCUUCCAUCCACAAGACUGUGUGCCAUACUUCACAACCCCCAUAUGGAUGUUCCUGUUUUCAUCAGCAUUCCUCCUGGCAAUCCUCUAUUUUGGGGUAAUUAUGAUCCUGAACCUAUCCAUAAUGGAUAGGUAUGAUGACCCCAAAGGCAAGACUAUUACAGUAAAUCAGGGAGCUGAGUAGAAAGAAGCAGUUGUAAUUUGAUUGGGCUUUUGGACUGGACAACACAGAGUUAAUAUGCUCAGAAAACUUGUGAAAUAAUUAAGUUAGAACUCUUUGUAUAAGAAAACAAUUUUUGCUACUAGUUAUCUGCUUGAUGAAAAAGUUAAAGUAUUGCCAUGUUUAUCAUUAAUUUUUCGAAUUUACUGUUUGUUCGCCCAAUAUGACUGUCCUUAUUAAUUAUAACAAGACUGAGCAAGCAUAUUUUUAUUGACAUUAACAAGAGUGUACUCUGUAAUUGACAUUAAUUAAAAUAAAUAUUGGACUAUUGUUAUAAUCAAGAUAAAGCUACAUUUUAAUUUAUAAUUCCAUCUUAAUGAUUUAUUACCAUUCCAUAUUUCAGGAAAGAAUUAGUUACUAUUUUGAUUAAAUUUUUGUCUUUUGAAUAAAAUAUAUUGAAAGUUUUUGGAAAAUAAAAUUGCAGCAAUUGGAA